AGAGUUUCCGGUGACGUGAGUCAGUUCAUGGUUGUAACUGUGUUAUUAGUUGCACUAUGGACUUCCUACGGACCCCGUGAUGGAAGGAUUAUGCCUUGCUAUUUCAAAUAAAUAAUAAAUAAUAAGCCGGAGCAAUGAUUUGCAUAUUGUUAGUUGCAGGGCACGGCACGGUUUUAGAGACACAGAUAAAGAGUGAUGUUACAGGUCUGUAUGCUCAUCUGACCGGUGUGCCAAAAGCUCUAUUACCUGGAGUUGGGGGAAAGAAAAUAUUGGAUUUCUGGUGGGAAACCGUCAACACUCGCCAGCUCUUCAGUGAAGUUUAUCUAGUCACGAAUGCUGAUAAAUACAAGCACUAUGAACGAUGGGCAACAGCCAAUGACUUUCCAGUGGAGAAUGUUGUGAAUGAUGGCAGCACUACUUUGGAUGACAGACUUGGGGCUGUUGCAGACCUUGAAUUGGCCAUCCGAAGCCGACAGCUACAAGAUGACAUUAUGGUGAUCGCAGGAGACAUGCUUUGUGCUGAUCAAAACUUUGAUAUUGCACAAGUCAUUCGCUUUUUCAGAUCUAAGCCUGGAGAACUUGCUAUAUAUUAUGAGCUGGAGUCAGGAGAGAAGAGCUACUCCAGAGGAAUUGUUGAAGUUUGUCCGAACACCCAUCGGGUCAUGCGCUUCCUUGAGAAGCCUCAGGAGGGCGUCAGCGCAUCUCGUCUGGCCAGCGUGGUGUUCUACUGCCUGCGCAAAGAGUCCUUACUGUACAUCUCUGAAUUCCUUCUUCAACACCCAGACGUUAAAGAUAGAACCUUUGGCAAGUUUUGGGAAUGGCUUAUAAAUGAGGAGAAAGUUCCUGUUUAUGGGAUGAAGUUACCAACAGGAUUUCAACUAAUUGGACAAGUGGGUCUGUCUGAUUACACGAAAUGGCUCGCUCACUAUUCUUCAAAACAGCAGCUGUCCCCAUCUAAACCCAUCACAUGCCGCUCAUAUGCCAGGGUUGGACUCAUGGGGAACCCCUCUGAUGGAUUCAAUGGGAAAACCAUUGCUAUGACCAUUGCUAACUUCUGGGCUGAGGUCACACUGAUGGAGAGCCAGGCUCUGGUCCUUCUACCUCAUCCUCUGAAUGACCCUACGGAGUUCGGAAGCUUGCAGGAUCUCUUUCGGAUCAGCCGGAAAGAAGGGUAUUUGGGAGGUCUGAGACUGCUACAAGCCACCUGUAAAAAGUUUUACCAGUUCUGCUCUGAACAAGGCAUUGCUCUGUCCAAGCAGAAUUUUACUCUCAAGUAUGACACAAACAUUCCUCGGCAAGUGGGUUUAGCUGGCAGUAGUGCGAUUGUGUCUGCCACACUGAAGUGCCUGAUGAAGUUUUACAACAUCACAGACAACGAUCUUCCUAAACCAGUCAGAGCCAACUUCAUCCUCAACGUAGAGACGGAUGAGCUGUUCAUCACAGCUGGUCUACAGGAUCGAGUUGUGCAGGUCUAUGAAGGCUUGGUUUACAUGGACUUCAACAAACAGCUUAUGGACGAGCGGGGUUAUGGAGAAUACAUUCCCUUGGACAUGAACGAUCUUCCCUUGUUCUGGCUGGCGUACUUGGGCGAUCCAAGUGAUUCUGGACGGAUUCACAGUAAUGUUAGACAGCGCUGGUUGAACGGUGACUCUGCUGUGGUUGAAGCUAUGAAAUCGUUUGCUGAACUCACAGACCAAGCCCGAGCUGCCUUCCAGUGUAAGGACUGGCCCAGACUCGCACAGCUCAUGGAUGAAAACUUUGAGCUACGGCGUUCGGUGUAUACUGAAGACUGCUUGGGCCCUGGAAAUCUGAAAAUGGUACAGCUUGCGAGACAGUUUGAAUCUGCAGUCAAAUUGCCCGGCAGUGGUGGUGCUGUGGUGGGCUUGUGUAUGAACCAAGAGCGACUGGUGGAGAUGAAGAGGGCUUUCCAAGAGGCAGGAUGUGUUUUUUGUGUUAUUGUGCCUUAUGACCCUUCAGUGCAGGGUCAGAACUGAUCACUUAAAGUACAGGUUUUAUUAAUUGUUGGCCAAGAAGCUGUGAUAUAAAGGCUCUGCUAAAGGAACAUGGCUUAAAGGGAUAGUUCACCCCCAAAAUUGUAUAUAUAUUUUUUUUUUUAACAAUAUACAAUACAAACCUGUAUGACUUCCUUUGUUUUGUGGAACAUAAAAGAAGAUAUUUUAAGAUUAUUAUUAUUAUUUGUCCAUACAGCUGAAGUAAAUGGUAGCCAAAACUGUUUGGUUACUAACAUUCUUCAAAAUAUCUUUUGUCCUCCACAGAAGAAAGUAAGUUCAUAUAGGUUUAGAACAACAUGAGGGUGAGUAAAUGAUGGCAGAAUGUUAAUUUUUGGGUAAACUAUCCCUUUAUAUUUGUUUUAACUUAAAUUUUGAACUUGAGUUUAAAUGAACUUGUCAGUGUUUUCCUAGUUCAGACUUCUAUAUCACAGGAAAUUGUUUAGCAAUAGGUGGGGCUCCAAUUGUUGUACGUUUCAGUGAGAAAUGAGAAUGAGAAACAAUUGACUUUCCAAUGGUAGCCUUUCACACCCAUCCUGUUCUUGUGUCGUAAAGACGUUUUUGUGCAGAGACAAAAGUGUUUACUUUAUUUCAGUAAGACGUGAUUGCGAAUGGAAGAUGUUAAUUAUAUCUAUGCAUUAUCAUAGUCGACACUACCAAAUUACUACCAAACAUUUCUCCCAUUUUGUCGCUAUGUUAAUGAAUCAAAUAAAUCCUUUUGACUCACUUUA